CCCGAUUUGCUGUUGACAUUUGUGGCUUUUCACACGGAGCUACACAGUGCCGUUUGUUAUUUAUUUCAUGUGAAAAUUGUGUGCGCACUGCUACGUCUGAGGAAAUGUGUCUCUUGCGUUUCCUGUUACAGUCGCGUUCCACGCUGAGCCGCUACCUACCCGAUAAGGCGGCCAGCUCGACGGCAGCUCGGCGAACGCCCACGCCCAGGCCUCCGCCCCCACAGGAAGGACACCAACGCAAGCUCAAUUUAGUGAUAGGCAAUGAGUCGUGCGAUUUAGACUCGGCUGUCUCAGCGUUGACGCUCGCCUUCAUCUAUGCGGGCAGGCAGAAGGAUCAGGACUUUGUGCCCGUAUUGAAUAUACCACGGAUCGAUUAUCCCCUCAAAACAGAGGUGCGUCACAUGUUCCAAAAGUGUCAUAUCACCCCAGAAAUGCUCGUCUUUCGCGACGAUCUGCCAGAGAAGUUGACUAAUCCGGAUAUUAAUGUCAUCCUGGUCGAUCAUCACGUCAACAGCUGGGCAGCGAAUGUCGGUGAGAUUCUCGACCACAGACCGAUGGAGAAACACCCAGCAGUGGGUCAUUUGCCGAUGCACUGUGUGCGUCACAUCGAACCGGAGCUGGGCUCCUGCGCCACACUCGUGGGCGAACGUUACAUGGCUGAGCAGGAGCCGCGCUCCGCGGAUGUGACCAAACUGCUGCACGCGACAAUUGUGCUCGACACCAUCAACUUUUCACCAACUGCGAAGCGUUUCUGUGCCCGCGAUUUGGCUAUGGUCGAGCAGCUGGAGCAGCUGCAGAGGGAGGACUUGGACGAUGGCGAACGCAAGCGCUUGCGUUGUAAGCUCUUCGAUGAGCUAGUGGCGGCCCGUGCGGAUAUCAGCAAGCUGACACUCUUCGAGGUCCUGCGCAAGGACAUGAAGCGCCUGCAAACGGAGCGUCACAUGGUGCCCAUGGCCGGGCUGCCCAUGCUGGCACGCGACUUCAUCGAUCUGCCCGACGCCGAGAAUGCCAUACGUCAGUUCGGCUGCGGCACCAAUCUCCUGGUCCUGCUGGGCAUGUACGUGCCGCCGGUGAAGGGUGGCCAGGUGAUGCGCGACGUGGCCCUUAUCUCGCUAUCCGGACACGCACCGCUGGUGGAGCGUGUACGCCAGGCCUUGCUGGCAUGCUCGACGCCCUCACUCGACCUGCGUCCGCACGCACGCGACACCAACUUCAUGGGCGGCAGCUUCCUGAGGCAGCACAACGUGCAGGCCACCAGGAAGCAUAUUCUGCCCGUGAUCCGCCGUGUCCUGCAGGAGCUGGAGGCAUCGCAGCGCUGCGAUUGCGAUGACGUUUACUUCUUCAAGGAGAAGCCCAAACUGGGCCUCUCCUAAUCAAUCACACACGAUAGUACAGUGGAGACUGCCUAGCGAGUACAAAAAGAAAAAAGAAAAAAAA